UUAGGACCCGGGGGCGGCUUCCCGGAGCGACAGUGGAACUCCGAAGUUGCGCUGGACCUUGGCCUUGACAGUCGGAGCUUUCAGCGUGAUCCGGCCGUCCUCCCGCUGCUGUCUUCCCGCUGACCGCCGUCCUCAGCCGCCCUCCGUCCUCCGCUCCCAGCCCUCCGCUUCCAAUCCAGCGCCGGCAUGACGGGUUCGCUGUUCAAGGGGAACUUCUGGAGCCCGGACAUUCUCAGCACCGUCGGCUAUGACAGCAUCAUCCAGCAUCUGAACAAUGGCCGCAAGAACUGCAAGGAGUUUGAAGACUUUUUGAAAGAAAGGGCAUCAAUUGAAGAGAAAUAUGGCAAAGAUCUGCUGAAUCUCUCCAGGAAGAAGCCGUGUGGACAGUCCGAGAUCAAUACUUUGAAGAGAGCCCUUGAAGUCUUCAAGCAGCAAGUAGACAAUGUGGCCCAGUGUCACAUUCAGCUUGCGCAGACUCUGAGAGAAGAGGCCAGGAAGAUGGAAGAAUUCCGGGAAAAGCAGAAACUGCAGCGGAAAAAGACAGAAACAAUAAUGGAUGCCGCCCACAAACAAAAGAGCUCACAGUUCAAGAAAGCCAUGGAUGCCAAGAAGAAUUAUGAGCAGAAGUGCCGGGACAAGGAUGAGGCGGAGCAGGCUGUCCACCGCAGCGCCAAUGUGGCCAACCAACGGCAACAAGAAAAGCUUUUUGUGAAACUGGCCACUUCAAAGACUGCAGUAGAGGAUUCAGACAAAGCGUACAUGCUGCACAUCAACAUGCUGGAGAAGGUUCGAGAAGACUGGCAGAGUGAGCACAUUAAGGCCUGCGAGGUGUUCGAGGCUCAAGAAUGUGAACGAAUCAACUUCUUCAGGAAUGCAUUGUGGUUACAUGUGAAUCAGCUGUCACAACAAUGUGUCACAAAUGAUGAGAUGUAUGAACAAGUCCGUAAGAGUUUAGAAACUUGCAGCAUUGAGAAGGACAUCCAGUAUUUUGUGAACCAGCGGAAAACUGGACAGACUCCCCCAGCGCCCAUCAUGUAUGAGAAUUUCUACUCUCCUCAGCGGAAUGCUGCCCCACCAGGAAAGACUACAGGACCCAAUCCAGCAAGGAGAGGACCUCUCCCAGUUCCCAAGCGUAUACCAGAUGAUCCUGAUUACUCUCUGGUUGAAGAUUACAGUUUGCUGUAUCAGUGACAUCAGAGGUGAAAAGAAAGCUUUCCUCAGCUACUGCUUCGAUGACGAGAGACCAUGAGAGCAGCAAAAUCCAUAACAAAAUUGCAUCAAUCAUGAAGACUUUGGUGUGAACCUUGUUGAAAAAAAAUUUUUUUUGAUAUUUUAAAUUUAUAGUAGAAAUUUGACUCAACCUAGCAGAGUAGAGUUCUGUAGAGUCCUUCCCCUUCCCCCCUACAGAGAGUUUACAUACUGCCCCAGAAGGAAGAAUUACUAUUUCCUGGCUUGUUACUAGGGUUAUGAGGGUUGUUUCCUGUCGGUGAAGCAAAGCCUCUCUGGAUCCUGAGUGCUGGCUUGAGCAGGGCUGCGGAAGAUGGUGCCAGUUCCAAAGACGCUUCCUGGGCUGUGGGAAGGAGGGCCAUGGGAACAGGCACCCUCCCUCAGUGGUGUAAUGUUUAAAGCUACCUUUGUGCCUAGCUGGAAGACUUAGAAGCAUCUGAUUGGACUUGCUCACUUCACAGGUGGGGAAACAAGACCCAGCAGGGUGAGAUCAGUUUCCUUAUCAUUCUGUCAGCCAACGAGAGACAGAACCAGACCUAGAGCACGACCUUCUGGCACAGUACUGUUCCAGCCCUUGGUGUGGCUGCCAUGCUCCUGCGGGCUGAAUGGGGGAGUUCAGAUGCUUGUGCAAGCCUGGUGACCUGUGCUCCAUUCCUGGAGCCCACAUAAAGGUGGAGGGAAACAAUCUGUUCCAUGUUGGCCUCUGGCCUCCACACAUGUGCAUGGCAGUGACUGACAGACAUACAGACAUACACACACACACCAUACACACCACACACCACACAGACACACAUACAGACACACAGACAUACACAGACAGAAACAUACAGACACACACACACACCAUACACACACACCACACACCACACAGACACAUACAUACACACCACACACAGACACACAACCAUACACACAGUGACACACACACCAUAUAUGUAAAAA